AUGGAGGGUACUUCUGGAGCUCGACAGCUCGAUAUGCUGCUUCGUACCGAUGAUCAGCUACGAGCGUUGUUUCGUGAUGUCCGAUCCGUUCUCAACAACGACGCAGUCAGUGGCUCACUUCACAACUCCCUUCAGGCCGUUCCGAGCGCUCUUAUAACAGAGCUUCGAAACAACAUCGAUCGCAUGUUACUUGUCAAACCCUCUGCCUUGGACACUAAAGAGGUUGAUGGCGCCAUUGAUCGUGAGAAUAAUACGAAGCAGGACUCCUGUGCUGCAGAAACUCAACAUUGUCCAAUUACGACUCUCGUCAACAAAGGUACGAAGCAAGGUCAGAAAAUUGCACUCGGAAAGCGACAACAUGGUGAUUCCCUUCCAACCGACAGCGAAGGGCCACCACGGAAGCAACAGCGCGUUGUUCCUGCCCAACAGCGCGUUUUGACAUCAGAGCGGAAGGACAUCGAUCCUCAGACUCCUGAUACCACUGUUAUCCCUAAUACUUCUGCAAAGAUGCACAUGGCCGAGUUCUCUGAGGUAUCCCUGCUGCUGAACACCCUCGGCACAAUUCCAAAAGAUGCACCACCUUCGGCAGAGAUUAAGAAUGGGGCUAUGUUGCCGGUCAAACACAUCCCGCAGAUCCGAAAUAGAGAGAAGGAGAAGAAUGUGGUCCCAAUCCACAGUGCUUUCGUCACGCUCAAGUUCCACUCCAUGAAAGGCCGGCGCGGACUGAAGCGGGUCGCCGGUGGCCAACGUCUAGCAAGACAGACUUGGCCUCGCGAGGACUAG